CCAAAGGCCAGGCUGGGUUGGGGAGGAACCUGGGGGCCCCUGCUUCGGUGUGGCAUGACGUCACCACGCCCACCGCACCGCAGUGCGGGGAAAUCCCUGUGGACUAGCUGACCAGAGGCUUUGUCACAGCUGCCCAGCCCUGGGGGCGGGGAAGGUUGAUGGAGGCUGGUUGUCUGCACAGAGACGCGGGUCAGCAGCCGUGACCGUGAAAGCGGCUGGGUGGGGGUGGGAGGAGCUGACGAGGGCCGGGGUUGGCCACUGUGCACCCGAGGCAGCGCGUAACUGGGUGGUCUAGGGAAGUUAAACUGGACAGACAAAGCACAGGGACAGAGGGGCCUGGGGAAAUGGGGCGGGCGCGGGUGUGGGUCUCCGCGAGGCAGAGCGGGAGAGGAGGCGACCGUCUGCGGUUGCAUCAUCUCCGCAGCUGGGCGGUCUGCCGGCUCCGGUCUCGCUCCCGCGGUCUUAGCCAGACCCAAGAUGCGAUUUUGACAUCCACCUGUUACUACCGGGAGUCAGUAUCCUAGACCCGCCCCUACGUUCCCUCCCUGGCGCAAGGAGCCCACUCCGGCUCCAUCUGCCCCCGCGACGCGUCUGCGCUGUUUGCCCGGGGAGGAGGGAGGGGGUCAGGUGGAUAUUUUAUGAUUUCACUUGAAAGGCGGAGGAUGAGGGAGGGCACAGCGCGGGGUCCGCGGCCAGACUGAGGUGGGCGAGGGGUCUGCAGCGGGGCGCCGCCGGGCACCUCCCCCGGAUAGGUCCGGAAGGGCUGUAGCGCGCGGGGGCUGCGCCGGGGGAGGGGACAAAGCCUGGCGAGUGUCCCCCACUUCCCAGCGCAGCCGCCCUGGUGUCAGCGGUGACGUCACAGCCCGUCCCCAGCCCCCUCCAGACCGGGCCCGGCCCCGUCCCCGCGGCGGCCGCGACGCCUGUCCCUCUGCCCGCGCGACAAACCAGCUGGCAGCUGGAGCUCGGACGCCGCUCGCAGCCAACCAGCGCGGCGGGAGGGGCGCGGGGCGGGCCGGGUUUGGGGCGCUUGGUCCGUCACGCGGCGCCUCUGUCACAGCGCCGAGCGCAGCCGGCGAGGGCAGCAGCUCCAGGCUCUUGGACCCGCGGCCAGCCAUCGCCCAUGCGGGGCCGCCGCCAGUGACGCGGGAGAGGUGUCUCCACCCUCGCUGCUAGGGAGUGACUGGGGAAGGCCGCGGAGAUGGCCGGGGCUUCGGUAAAGGUGGCGGUGCGUGUCCGCCCCUUCAAUUCCCGGGAAAUGAGUCGAGACUCCAAGUGCAUCAUUCAGAUGUCCGGAAGCACCACCACCAUCAUUAACCCCAAACAGCCCAAGGAGACACCUAAAAGCUUCAGCUUUGACUACUCCUACUGGUCACACACCUCGCCCGAGGACAUCAACUAUGCCUCGCAGAAGCAGGUGUACCGGGACAUUGGUGAGGAGAUGCUGCAGCAUGCCUUUGAGGGCUACAACGUGUGCAUCUUUGCCUACGGGCAGACAGGGGCCGGCAAGUCCUACACCAUGAUGGGCAAGCAGGAGAAGGACCAGCAGGGCAUCAUCCCACAGCUCUGCGAGGACCUCUUCUCUCGCAUCAAUGACGCUACCAAUGACAACUUGUCCUACUCUGUGGAGGUCAGCUAUAUGGAGAUUUAUUGUGAGCGUGUCCGAGACCUCCUGAACCCCAAGAACAAGGGCAACCUACGAGUGAGGGAGCAUCCGCUGCUGGGGCCCUAUGUAGAGGACCUCUCCAAACUUGCUGUCACCUCCUACAAUGACAUCCAGGACCUCAUGGACUCAGGGAACAAGGCCAGGACGGUGGCGGCCACCAACAUGAACGAGACCAGCAGCCGCUCCCAUGCCGUCUUCAACAUUAUCUUCACCCAGAAGCGCCAUGACGCAGAGACCAACAUCACUACAGAGAAAGUGAGCAAAAUCAGCCUGGUGGAUCUGGCUGGGAGCGAGCGGGCCGACUCCACAGGGGCCAAGGGCACACGUCUUAAGGAAGGAGCCAACAUCAACAAGUCCUUGACCACGCUGGGGAAGGUCAUCUCUGCUCUGGCUGAAAUGGACUCAGGACCCAACAAGAACAAGAAAAAGAAGAAGACAGAUUUCAUUCCAUACCGAGAUUCUGUGCUGACCUGGCUUCUCCGGGAAAAUCUGGGUGGUAACUCCAGGACAGCUAUGGUGGCAGCCCUGAGCCCUGCAGACAUCAACUAUGAUGAGACCCUUAGCACGUUGAGGUAUGCCGACCGGGCCAAGCAGAUCCGCUGUAACGCUGUCAUCAACGAGGACCCCAACAACAAACUGAUCCGCGAGCUGAAGGAUGAGGUGACCCGGCUGCGGGACUUGCUGUAUGCCCAGGGUCUCGGCGACAUCACCGACACCAACACUGUACCUGGAGGACCCAAAUACAUGUCCGACCUUGAGAACAAUAACUGUAACCGUGGCAGGGCAGCGUUGCAUCAAGCCCCUGACAAUCUCUCCACAGUGACCAACGCCCUGGUGGGCAUGAGCCCCUCAUCCUCGCUCUCAGCUCUGUCCAGCCGUGCUGCCUCCGUGUCCAGCCUCCAUGAGCGCAUCUUGUUUGCCCCAGGCAGUGAGGAGGCUAUCGAAAGGCUGAAGGAGACAGAGAAAAUCAUAGCCGAGCUCAAUGAGACCUGGGAGGAGAAACUGCGGCGGACAGAAGCCAUCCGGAUGGAGAGGGAAGCCCUGCUGGCUGAGAUGGGCGUGGCCAUGAGAGAGGAUGGUGGCACUUUGGGUGUGUUCUCCCCCAAAAAGACGCCACAUCUUGUCAACCUGAAUGAGGACCCACUGAUGUCCGAGUGCCUCCUGUACUACAUCAAGGAUGGGGUCACCAGAGUGGGCAGGGAGGAUGGAGAGAGGAGGCAGGACAUCGUUCUGAGCGGGCACUUCAUCAAGGAAGAGCACUGUGUAUUCCGGAGCGACUCCCGGGGCGGCAGCGAAGCCGUGGUGACCCUGGAGCCUUGUGAGGGGGCAGAUACCUAUGUCAACGGCAAGAAGGUCACCGAGCCCAGCAUCCUACGGUCAGGAAACCGCAUCAUCAUGGGGAAGAGCCACGUGUUCCGCUUCAACCACCCCGAGCAGGCCCGGCAGGAACGUGAGCGCACACCCUGUGCGGAGACACCUGCUGAGCCCGUGGACUGGGCCUUCGCCCAGCGUGAGCUGCUGGAGAAGCAGGGCAUUGACAUGAAGCAGGAGAUGGAGCAGAGGCUCCAGGAGCUGGAGGACCAGUACCGCCGUGAGCGGGAGGAGGCCACCUACCUGCUGGAGCAGCAGAGGCUGGACUACGAAAGCAAGCUGGAGGCUUUGCAGAAGCAGAUGGACUCCAGGUACUACUCAGAGGUGAACGAGGAGGAGGAGGAACCGGAGGAUGAAGUCCAAUGGACGGAGAGAGAGUGUGAGCUGGCUCUGUGGGCCUUCCGGAAGUGGAAGUGGUACCAGUUUACAUCCCUGCGGGACCUGCUGUGGGGCAAUGCCAUCUUCCUCAAGGAGGCCAAUGCCAUCAGUGUGGAGCUGAAGAAGAAGGUCCAGUUCCAGUUUGUCCUCCUCACAGACACGCUCUACUCUCCUCUGCCCCCUGACCUGCUGCCCCCAGAAGCUGCCAAAGACAGAGAGACACGGCCCUUCCCCCGCACCAUCGUGGCUGUGGAGGUCCAGGACCAGAAGAAUGGGGCCACUCACUAUUGGACCUUGGAGAAGCUUAGGCAGCGCCUGGACCUAAUGCGGGAGAUGUACGACCGGGCGGCAGAGGUGCCCUCCAGUGUCAUUGAGGACUGUGAUAAUGUGGUGACCGGCGGAGACCCCUUCUACGACCGCUUCCCCUGGUUCCGGCUGGUGGGCAGUCCAGCCGUCUCUGGCUGCAGCAGCCACCCUCUUCUCAACACAUGCAUGAGCGAACGCAUGGCUGCUCUCACCCCCUCCCCCACCUUCUCGAGCCCCGACUCCGACGCCACCGAGCCUGCCGAGGAGCAGAGUGUGGGGGAGGAGGAGGAGGAGGAGGAGGAGGAGGACCUGGAGGACGACGUCUUUCCGGAGCACGUGCUGUGCGACGGCCGGGACCCGUUUUACGACCGGCCCCCCCUGUUCAGUUUAGUAGGAAGGGCCUUCGUGUACCUGAGUAACCUGCUGUACCCUGUGCCCCUGGUGCACCGUGUGGCUAUCGUCAGUGAGAAGGGCGAGGUGAAGGGCUUCCUCCGUGUGGCGGUCCAGGCCAUCUCAGCUGAUGAAGAGGCCCCUGAUUACGGCUCCGGCGUCCGCCAGUCAGGAACUGCUAAAAUCUCCUUUGACGACCAGCAUUUUGAAAAGUUCCAGUCUGAGUCCUGCCCCGUGGUGGGGAUGUCCCGCUCGGGGACCUCCCAGGAAGAGCUGCGCAUCGUGGAAGGCCAGGGCCAGGGCACGGAGAUGGGGCCCUCAGCUGACGAAGUCAACAACAACACCUGCUCAGCACUGCCUCCGGAAGGCCUCCUCCUAGACAGCCCCGAGAAAGCUGUGCUGGACGGGCCCCUGGACGCCGCCCUGGACCACUUGCGCCUGGGGAGCACCUUCACCUUCCGUGUGACGGUGCUGCAGGCAUCCAGCAUCUCUGCUGAAUAUGCCGACAUCUUCUGCCAGUUUAAUUUUAUCCACCGCCAUGACGAGGCCUUCUCCACGGAGCCCCUGAAGAACACAGGCAGGGGACCCCCACUGGGCUUCUACCAUGUCCAGAAUAUCGCGGUGGAGGUGACCAAGUCCUUCAUCGAGUACAUCAGGAGCCAGCCAAUUGUGUUUGAGGUCUUUGGCCACUACCAGCAGCACCCGUUCCCGCCCCUCUGCAAGGAUGUGCUCAGCCCCCUGAGGCCCUCACGCCGCCACUUCCCCCGGGUCAUGCCGCUGUCCAAGCCAGUGCCUGCCACCAAGCUGAGCACACUGACACGGCCCUCCCCAGGACCCUGCCACUGCAAGUACGACCUCCUAGUCUACUUCGAAAUCUGUGAGCUGGAGGCCAAUGGCGAUUACAUUCCUGCCGUGGUGGACCACCGUGGGGGCAUGCCAUGCAUGGGGACCUUCCUCCUCCACCAGGGUAUCCAGAGACGGAUAACCGUGACGCUGCUGCACGAGACUGGCAGCCAUAUCCGCUGGAAGGAAGUGCGCGAACUGGUCGUGGGUCGCAUCCGAAACACUCCAGAGACAGAUGAGUCCCUGAUCGACCCUAACAUCUUGUCUCUCAACAUCCUCUCUUCUGGAUACAUCCACCCAGCUCAGGAUGACCGGACCUUUUACCAGUUCGAGGCUGCGUGGGACAGCUCCAUGCACAACUCUCUCCUGCUGAACCGGGUCACCCCUUAUCGAGAGAAAAUCUACAUGACCCUCUCUGCUUAUAUUGAGAUGGAGAACUGCACCCAGCCAGCCGUCAUCACUAAGGACUUCUGCAUGGUCUUCUAUUCCCGGGAUGCCAAGCUGCCGGCCUCACGUUCCAUCCGCAACCUGUUUGGCAGUGGGAGCCUGCGGGCCUCGGAGAGCAACCGUGUGACAGGCGUGUACGAGCUCAGCUUGUGCCACGUGGCUGACGCAGGCAGCCCAGGGAUGCAGCGUCGGCGCCGGCGGGUGCUGGACACAUCUGUGGCCUACGUCCGGGGUGAGGAGAACCUGGCAGGCUGGAGGCCCCGGAGCGACAGCCUCAUCCUGGACCACCAGUGGGAACUGGAGAAGCUGAGCCUGCUGCAAGAGGUGGAGAAGACCAGGCACUACCUACUCCUGCGGGAGAAACUGGAGACCACCCAACGGCCGGUACCUGAAGCCCUGUCCCCGGCCUCUAGUGAGGACUCUGAGUCCCAUGGCUCAUCCAGCGCCUCCUCCCCACUCUCAGCUGAGGGCCGGCCAUCACCCCUGGAGAUACCCAACGAGAGGCAGCGGGAGCUGGCCGUCAAGUGCCUGCGCCUCCUCACACACACGUUCAACAGAGAGUACACCCACAGUCACGUCUGCGUCAGUGCCAGCGAGAGCAAGCUCUCUGAGAUGUCUGUCACCCUGCUGCGGGACCCGUCUAUGUCCCCUCUAGGGGCAGCCACGCUCACCCCCUCCUCCACCUGCCCCUCUCUGGUCGAAGGGCGGUACGGUGCUGUUGACCUGAGGAACCCCCAGCCCUGCUCCCGACCAGCCAGCCCGGAGCCUGAGCCACUGCCGGAGGCCGACUCCAAGAAGACUCCCUCCCCGGUCCGGUUGAUGGAGGCUGACAAGGAGCCACAGCGCCUGCUGGUCCCCGACAUCCAGGAGAUCCGGGUUAGCCCCAUUGUCUCUAAGAAGGGGUACCUGCACUUCCUGGAGCCUCACACGGCAGGCUGGGCCAGGCGCUUUGUGGUGGUGCGGCGCCCCUACGCCUACAUGUACAAUAGCGACAAGGACGCCGUGGAGCGCUUUGUGCUCAACCUGGCCACCGCACAGGUGGAGUACAGCGAGGACCAGCAGGCCAUGCUCAAGACACCCAACACAUUCGCAGUGUGCACGGAGCACCGUGGCAUCCUGCUACAGGCCAACAGUGACAAGGACAUGCAUGACUGGCUGUAUGCCUUCAACCCCCUCCUGGCUGGGACCAUACGGUCUAAGCUGUCCCGAAGGAGGUCUGCCCAGAUGAGGGUCUGAGCUGGAUCCUCUGUCCCCUGGACAGCCAGCAAGCCCAGCCCCCUCCCUCGUCCCCUCCUCGUCCUGUCAUCUGCCUCUCAGCCCUUCCCCACCAGACAGCUCACGGCCACGUCUCCCCACCGGGGACAUCUGUGCUGGGCCCAGGGACCUGCACCACAUGAUCAGUUGUAUUCCUCACAGAGGCUGUGUGAGGCGUCAUUUCUUUCAAGAUGUACGCUGGGUGGGGAGAGCUGAGAAACGCUGGGAAGGCCAGAGGGCACAGGUCAUGGGGGUUAUCGCUGCCGUUCUAAUAUUUUUUUAAGCAUAGACAGAAUAUAAUUAAUUAAUUAAUAUACAUUAGUUAGUGACAUUGAAACGGUCCACUAAGAAAUUAACUGUAAGACCAUGUUCUAUUUAUAAGUAUUUAUUUCUAAUGGCUCCACAUAGACUUGUAAGAUUUGGAGGGAACCCUCUCCCUGCCCCGUUUAUACCCUUAUACGUCCCCCAAGCCUGUUGGCAUAGACAGAGCAGAGCAGCUGCCUUUGAAGACCAUGGUGAGGGAGUGAGUGACUGGCUGGCACACAGGGUACACCUGCCCAGGCCCUCGGCCUCCCCAGUUGCAGGGUAAGGCCCUGGUCCUGGGGCAUGGGGGUCCGAGCA